UGAGCAACCCUAAUUAACCUGAUUUUUUGCUGAUAAUCACUCUCAAUGGAAUCAAAUCACAAAUCCGGGGAUGGAUUGAGCGGCACCCAGAAGGAAGCAGCACUCCGCGCCCUGGUCCAGCGCACAGGAUAUAGCUUGGUCCAGGAAAAUGGACAGAGAAAAUACGGUGGCCCACCACCUGGCUGGGAUGCUGCACCUCCAGAAAGGGGCUGUGAAAUUUUUAUUGGAAAACUUCCCCGAGACCUUUUUGAAGAUGAACUUAUACCAUUAUGUGAGAAAAUUGGUAAAAUUUAUGAAAUGAGAAUGAUGAUGGAUUUUAAUGGCAACAAUAGAGGAUAUGCAUUUGUAACAUUCUCCACUAAGCAGGAAGCCAAGAAUGCAAUCAAGCAACUUAAUAAUUAUGAAAUUAGAAACGGGCGGCUCUUAGGGGUUUGUGCCAGUGUGGAUAACUGCCGGCUGUUUGUGGGGGGAAUCCCAAAAACGAAAAAGAGAGAAGAAAUCUUAUCAGAGAUGAAAAAGGUUACUGAAGGAGUUGUUGAUGUCAUCGUCUACCCAAGUGCUGCAGAUAAAACAAAAAACAGGGGCUUUGCCUUUGUGGAAUAUGAGAGCCACAGAGCAGCCGCCAUGGCCCGGAGGAAACUUCUACCAGGAAGAAUUCAAUUAUGGGGACACCCUAUUGCAGUAGACUGGGCAGAACCAGAAGUAGAAGUUGAUGAAGACACAAUGUCUUCAGUGAAAAUCCUGUAUGUAAGAAACUUAAUGCUGUCUACCUCUGAAGAGAUGAUUGAGAAAGAAUUCAACAACAUUAAACCAGGUGCUGUGGAGAGGGUAAAGAAAAUCCGAGACUAUGCUUUUGUGCACUUUAGUAACCGAGAAGAUGCAGUUGAAGCGAUGAAAGCUUUAAAUGGGAAGGUUCUGGAUGGGUCCCCCAUAGAGGUGACCCUAGCCAAACCAGUGGACAAGGACAGCUACGUUAGGUACACCCGUGGCACAGGUGGAAGGGGCACCAUGCUUCAAGGAGAGUACACCUAUUCCUUCGGCCCUGUUUAUGAUCCCACAGCAGCCUACCUUGGUGCUCCUGUCUUCUAUGCCCCCCAACCUUACACAGCAAUCCCCAGCCUUCACUUCCCAGCCACCAAAGGACAUCUUGGCAGCAGGGCUAUUAUCCGAGCCCCUUCUGUGAGAGAAAUUUACAUGAAUGUACCUGUAGGGGCUGCGGGAGUGAGAGGACUGGGCGGCCGUGGCUAUUUGGCAUACACAGGCCUGGGUCGUGGAUACCAGGUGAAAGGAGACAAGAGAGAAGACAAACUCUUUGAUCUUUUACCUGGGAUGGAGCUCACCCCAAUGAAUCCUGUCACUUUAAAGCCUCAAGGAAUUAAACUUGCUCCCCAGAUAUUAGAAGAACUCUGUCAGAAAAAUAACUGGGGCCAGCCAGUGUAUCAGCUGCACUCUGCCAUUGGACAAGACCAAAGACAACUGUUCUUAUAUAAAAUAACCAUUCCAGCUCUGGCCAGUCAGAACCCGGCAAUCCAUCCUUUCACACCGCCAAAGCUAAGUGCCUAUGUGGAUGAAGCAAAGACUUACGCCGCGGAGUACACCCUGCAGACCCUAGGCAUCCCAUCCGAGGGGACGGAUGCUCCGACUGCAGCUGCUGCUGCUGUUGCUUCUGCUGCUGCUUUUCCAGGAUAUGCCGUCCCCAGUGCCACAGCACCCGUGUCUGCUGCCCAGCUCAAACAAGCAGUGACCCUUGGACAAGACUUAGCGGCAUACACAACAUACGAGGUCUACCCCACUUUUGCAGUAACUGCCCGAGGAGAUGGAUAUGGAACCUUCUGAAGAUACUUUUUAAAAACUUUCCAAUAAGAAUCAGACCAACGAAACUCUAUCUGGAAGAAAUAAACUUCUAACUCAGUCCCCUAAUGAUC